UCAACUUAUUUGGCUUCUGCAUCUGACGUUUAUCAGCUGCUGGUAUUCCAUGCACUUAACCAGCGAGAAUGCUGCUUCAAUACGAACGGGGAAUAUUUGUAAAUAGUUUCAAGUAUAAAAGAAGAUACAAUGGUUUAGUGACAGAGUUAAGCAUUCGCUGGAAAUCAACUGGAUUGAAAAUUCUAUUCUUCGGAACUGACAAUUUUUCCUUGCCUAGUUUAAAACUGCUAAAUGAGGAGAGAUCCCGAAGUAAUGCUAUCAAAUCUCUAGAUGUCGUCACAUCAUUCAAAAAACCUAAAAAUGUUGUCCUUAAAUACGCUGAAAAUAAAAACCUGCCUCUACACAAAUGGCCGCUACAACACCUCGUUCCCAAUCGUUUCGAUUUAGGAGUCGUUGUUUCUUUCGGUCAUCUCAUACCAGAGAAAGUUAUUUCUCUUUGUUCUCAAGGAAUAAUAAACGUACAUGCUAGUCUACUGCCAAGGUGGCGAGGAGCGGCGCCGAUCAUUUACGCCCUGAAAAACGGUGAUACGAAAACCGGCGUUACGAUUAUGAAAAUUGAGCCAAAACAUUUCGACGUGGGAGAUGUUUUAGCGCAACGAGAAGUCAGCAUACAUAGCAAUAUGUUUUUACCCGAACUCUACGGGAAAAUGGCUGAGGAAGGUGCAGGUUUACUUGUGUCUACAGUUUUGAAAUUUCCCGAAGCCUUAAAGACAGCAAAAACUCAAGACCAUAGCCAGGCAACUUACGCUCCAAAAAUUACUCCAGAAUUCUGUGAUGUCAACUGGAACCAUAAGACUGCGUUGGAAGUCUUCAACCUGCACAGAGCCCUAUAUUCUUAUAAACACCUAACAACGAAAUGGCAAAUGCACACAAUCAAGCUCGUAGAACUUACAUUGUCCAAUCAUAAAAAUAUAAAUUGCAAACCAGGAUAUGUAGAAUUUUAUCGAACAGGAAAAUGUCUUCGUGUAUUUUGUAAAGAUGGUUCUUGUAUAGAAGUCUCGAAACUUUGUGUGGAAGGAAGAAAAACCAUGUCAGCUAUAGAUUUUAAUAAUGGCUUUUUGAAGGGAUGUUCAAGAGAAAAUCACUACUUUACACAUGUUUUUGAAUGUACUGAAACUUUAAGAGCCACAGAACAAAUUUGAAAAUUUAGUGAUUUAUUGUACAUUGGGACUUUUAUUGUACAAAAUUAAGACGAUUAAUUAAGUUGUAUGCACUCAUUGAAUAAAAAACACCCCUAAUA